CGUGCGUAGGUGCUGCGAGGUGAUUGCCAGUCCGAAUACCGUUAUUGUCGCGUCAGGGAGGAGAGUCGGACGCGGACGCGUGUUACUGCAACGCCCGAACGCGGACGAAGUAUAUGACCGCGCGCACAGUGUAAACUGUCAAGUGUAGAGUGCGGAGGUAAAACGAUGCACGCGGGACACGGAGACACACACGGCGCGCUCUGACAAACGGCGAAAUAUGAAACACGACGAAUCAUCUGUGAGUGGGACUUGGAACACGGAGGUGUGACGAAAUACCGGACUGGAGAACAAGAGGCAGGAGUACUAGACGGGACAGACUCUCGGGACUGAAACAUAAACACAAGACUUGAGAAAACAGAGGACUUUACGCCCAGUGCUGAUAAGGAGCUCCUGAUAAAGUCACCUGCACUCCUCACUUGAGCUCCAGCUCUGGACCGAGUGUGUCAGGAGGGCAGGGGUUCGAGUUGCAGACACACCAGUUGGAUACGUGUUUAGACAGGCUGACCCCCCACUCCCAAGCUUCGGAAUGAGACCCCUGUCCUGCCUCCUCCUAGGUUUCCUCAGCUUCCUGGCAGUCCUGCCCUGGGGGUCAGCUUCCACAGGCCACAAGUGCGCUGAAGGGGACUUCCAGUGCGCCUCCCAGGAGUGCAUCCCCCAGGCGUCCGUCUGCGAUUACCACGGCGACUGCAGCAAUGGCAUCGACGAGGAAUUCUGUGGGUCAUGUGACUUUGACCGGCACACCUGCGGCUGGAUGGACAACAGCAGCGGUUCUUUUCGGUGGAGGCUGGAAAUGGCCAACAUCAGCUCCAUCCCCGGAGAGGACCACACCACUGGCUCUCCGUUUGGGGGCAUGAUGCACGUGGAGGGCUCAGACCCGUCCCUGUUUUCAGAAGCCAAGCUGGAGCUCAUUCUUCACAAACCCACAGCGAUAGGCUGUCGUAUACGCUUCUGGUACCACCUGCACGAUGGCACUGGGAUUUCCUCGGAAGUUUCUCUGCAGGAGGUCUCGCAGUCAUCCCCUGUGGAGCUGUGGAGGGUGAAGAAAGGCCAGACCAGCGGGUGGGAAAACGCCACCGUUCACAUUGGAAACAGGCCAGCAGCCUCCAGGUUGCUGUUCUCCGUCAAGCCCACGUUCAUCGGCGAACAGGAUGUGGCACUGGACGAUGUCCAACUGCUGGACUGCUCCGAGAAGGAUGUCCCGCCGAGCUCCUCCCGGCUCUCCUGCUCGUUUGAGGAGGACACCUGCGCCUGGUUCCCGGAUGAGCAGGCACCGGACCGCUGGAGCAGAGCCGACGGGAAGAACCCGCAGGGAGGGCCGGGUCACGACCAUACCACUGGCUCCGGUUACUACAUGUUUAUAGCCUCAUCGUCCCAAAGGAGGCUCCCGUUGAAUGGCCGGAUCCUGAGCUACCCCCAAACUGCAGACACCCCACGAUGCAUCAGCUUCUGGUACCACAUGUAUGGCGGGGGGGCAGGGGCUCUGAGGUUCUUGUCCCGCCGAAAAGGUGGAUUGGAGAUCAUCGAAUGGAUGCGGUCUGGGACCCAGGGGAACAAGUGGUGGUUUGUGGACCUUCGCAUUGAAGGAAGUGACACGCCUGUGCAGUUUAUUUUCGAGGCCAGUGUAGACGGGGCCUACAGCAGCAUUGCCAUUGAUGACGUGGUAGUCUCGGAGGCCCAGAAUGGCUCGUGCCCCCCGGAGAGAGAGUGCACCUUCCAGGGUUCUCGCUGCGGCCUGCUGGAUGACAUCACAGGGGACUUCAACUGGACCAGAACCACUGGGGCGCUGUCUAUCAACACCACAAGCCCUGCCCAUGACCACACUCUGGGGACCACCCAUGGUUACUACCUCAGUGCUCAGAUCUGGAAGCAUCCAGCAGGCCACACGGGACGGGUCUUGACCCCAUUGAAUAACCCGACUGCAAAAAGCGGGGAGUGUCUCAAGUUCUGGUACCACAUGGAGGGUGAGGGGGUCGGGAUGCUCAGAAUCUACCUCCAGAAGCUGCAUGGGUCCAGGGUGCUUCUGUGGGCCACGGGUGGGGACCAGGGAGACCUGUGGAGACAUGGCAGGGUGACUGUGCUCAGCUAUGACACCCCCUACCAGAUCGUGUUUGAGGCUGAGACUGAAGAUGGUUCAGGAAGGGACAUAGCCAUCGAUGACCUCCUGAUGCUGAAUGGACCUUGCCCCCCUCAGGGGUUCUGUGAUUUUGAGACGGACCUGUGUAGCUGGGUGAGCGCUCGUCCUGUGUCCGAUGGAGUAGACUGGGACUGGAGCUCAGCCUCUGCCCCCAACAGGGCCCUUGCCCCACUAGUGGACCACACCACCAACUCCGCUCUGGGUCACUACAUGUACUACAGCAAGCAGAUGAUGAUUCCCGCAGUGACCGCUCACCUACUGAGCGAAUACUUGGAGGGCUCCUCCACCAGCUGCCUUGUCUUCUGGUACUACAUGGACUACAUGUUUUCCACUGAUGAUGUGAGGCUCACAGUGUACGUGAAGGACGCUGACGGUCUCCGUUCAAUCUGGAGUGAGAUGCAGAGCCAGGGGGCCGUAUGGCUGGAGGCCCAGCUAGACUACAAGGCUGUUGGACGACAUCAGAUCCUCUUUGAGGCGAAAGCACAGAAUUCGUUCGAUGUCGGGGACAUAGCCCUAGAUGACAUUUACAUCAAGACGGGUGUCACCUGUUCAGACCUGGCUGCAACUACAGCGGCCCCCACCACAGAGCCUACAACCAUCCCGGAGAGUCUGAUGGACUGCAGCUUUGAGACAGACCUGUGCGGCUGGGUCCAAGAGACUGGGGAUGCCUUCGACUGGGUCCGCCAGACAGGGUUGCACGUGGUCAUGCCUGGAGAUGGGCCUCGCUAUGACCACAGUCUCAGCAGUAGUGAAGGGCACUACCUGAUGAUCUCAGCAGUGGGGACCAAGGACGUCGAAACGGCCGUCAUCUCGAUACCCAUGAUGCUCCAGUCCACGGAUGUGUGCGUCAGCUUCUGGUAUCACAUGCUGGGCUCCUCCAUAUGUAGCCUGGAGCUUCUGGUCGAGACCAAGGAAUUACAAACAGUGGUAUGGACCCGACAAGGUACUCAGGAUGCCAAGUGGUUGAAUGCCCAGGUGACCAUCAACACGACCGGCGUGCAGAGAGUCAAGUUGUCUGGAAGGAGGAAGACCACAGGCAGUGGAUUUAUUGCGAUUGAUGACAUCACUGUCAGGGAAGGGUCCUGCGUAAACUGUGACCCAUGCGGGUUUGAGAACCCAUCAAUGUGUGAGUACGAGCAGGACGUGAUGGACGACACAGAUUGGAUUCGCACUGCCAGCCCAGAGGACACACCUGACCGCACCUACCAAACUCCCCUGGGCCACUCCAUGGCUGUGUUCGGGAAAGAGUUGCAGAAGCAGGGAGUGGCCAUUUUACGAACCCCAGAGUUUCCAACUACAGCCGAGUCCUGUGUACAGUUCUGGUACUGGUUAAGGGCAAGUGGUAAUGACACUCUCUCGGUCCACAUCACCCAGGGUGAGGAGCUGGGACCUGCGCUGUGGCUCCUCCCUGGGGGGUCCUCUCAGGGCUGGGAAGUGGCUGAGGUCACUGUGUCCUCCCCAACCAGAUUCAGGGUGUUGUUUAAGGCAGGCAUGGACGCUGCCCCCAGUUCCUUUAUGCAGCUCGAUGACGUGUUGGUGAGGGGCGGAGGUUGUGUUCCGACAGGAAGUUGUGAUUUUGAAUCUGGCCAGUGCACUUGGAGAAACUGGCAUGGCAACGGUCAUGACUGGAUCCAGGCAGACGGGCACUCCCCGGGGCCUGAUGUGGACCAUACCACCAACACUCCAGACGGGAGGUUUUUGUUGAGCCCGGCCCAGAACCGCGUUAUGAACCAGAGCAGCAGAGCAGUACUGGUCUCCGAAAGGUUCCAAGAGGGUGGUGCCAUCUGCUUCUCGUUCUGGUACCACAUGAACACGAGUGGGUGUGGGGUCCUGCGCACCUACCUGUGGGCUGGAAACUCUCAAAAGGACCUGUUCUUUGAGACCCAGACAGGUGGGAACAGCUGGACCAGGGUUUCUUAUACUCUUCGUGGACCCAAAGGAUUCCAGGUGGUGAUAGAGGCAGAGGCAGGAUCUGAGGGGUUCAUUGCCAUCGAUGACCUCUAUGUGACCCCAGGAGCUUGUGAUGACGAGGAGAUGACAACCGACUUUGCCGACUGCACGUUUGAGACGGAUGCUUGUGGCUGGAAGGAUGUGAGCAUAGGGCAGUUUGCCUGGCAGCGGGACCGCAAUGGGACCACCACUGACAACACAGGCCCAUCUGUGGACCACACCACGGGCACAGAGUUGGGCUGGUACAUGGCAGUGGAGGCCCAGUAUGGAGAUGUGAACAGCUACGCAGCUCUGCGCAGUGCUACCAUGAAGGAGAGCAGCUCACAGUGUGUGCUGCAAUUUUACUACCACAUGUAUGGGACAGGCAUCGGUCAGCUCAGCGUUCUGCUCUCCAAGGGUCCCAGGGACACACAGUUAUGGAAGUUGGUGGGUGAUCAAGGCCAGGGCUGGAGACGGGCCGCUGUGGAUGUGGGUCGCGCACCAGGGCUCUUUGGGCUCAUCUUCAAGGCCAGUCGGACCUACAGCAUCCUGGGGGACAUCGCCAUAGAUGAUGUGGCUUUCCUCAACUGCUCCCUGCCUGUGCCCCAGGAUAGGUGUCCGCAGGAUGAGGUUCGCUGCACCAAUGGGGUGUGUGUGGACCCGAGUGCAGUGUGUGACUUCAGCGAUGACUGUGGGGACCGCAGUGACGAGACGGACUGCGAGCUCCGGGGCUUCCUGAACCGCUGCAGUUUUGAGCACGGCCUAUGUUCCUGGCAGCAGAGCGACCUAGACACACCGGGGGCAGAGUGGAUCCGGCAAAGUGCCGAAACUACCCUGUCCGAAUACGCACCACCAAGAGACCACACUCGAAACUCAGCAGCCGGUCACUACGCCAUUCCUGGAGCUCGUCUCCACCCAGGAGAAACCUCAGAAAUGCUGUCGGCCACUUUGCUGCCCAGCUCCAACUGUACUGUUCGCUUUUAUCACUGCAGUCACAGCGACUGCUCGGGGCGGCUGACGGUGCAGCUGAGGAGCGUGCAGAAUGCGAGCGAUGACCAGGUGCUGUGGGUUCGAGAAGAGUCGCGCCACUUCUUCUGGGAAAGGGCAGAGGUCACAUUCUCCUCUCAUGUCCAGAGCAAGGUUGUACUACGGUACGAGAGAGGAGUGGGCAUUGGAGGGGAUGUGGCAGUGGACGACGUGUCCUUCUCUUCGCAGUGCAUCCACGAUCCAGAGAACAGUUCUUUACCUCAGCCCCCUUCACCGUCGACGCUGCCCUCGCCACAGCCCUCAGUCACACCCUGUAAAGCUGAAGAGUUCUUCUGCUGGCUGUCAGAAGGCAUGAACUGCAUCCCUGCAAGUUCUCAGUGUGACUAUGUUAAAGACUGCCCCUGCGGGGAGGAUGAGGAGAGCUGCGGACCUUGCACUUUCGAGACUGGACCCUGUCAGUGGACUGAUGGCACUGUGGGGGGCAGUGGGUGGUGCCGACAGAGGGCAACAGGGCCCAUGGAACCAGACCACACCACAGGCUCAGGGUAUUACAUGAGUGUGAACACCAGCCAAGUCCUGUUCCCCAAUGAGGCUCGUCUUCUUAGCCCAAGUCUUCCACCCUCAUCUUCCUACUGCCAGAUGCGGUUUCACUUCCGGGUACGAGGAGGAGGACAGGGAGGCCUGAACAUUUUUCUGCAGGAAAGCAACGGUUCAGAAACAUUGCUGUGGUCCUACCACCACGGCAACCGCAAACACCAGUGGAAUGCAGAACUGCUCACCGUGGGGCAGAUAACGCAGCCAUACAGAGUUGUGUUCAGCAGUCCCUCUCUGGGGUCACCAGACUCCACCAGCGCUGUAGACAUCGACGACAUCUCCUUCCACAACUGUGAAGUGUCUCACUUGCCACCAGCUCUCGGCGCCCUCGGCUGCUCUUUCGAGGAACGCUCCUGCGACUGGGUCCAAGCAGCCAACGACGACCUGGACUGGGUGCGGUGGACCGGACCGUCCAGCACGGCCAACACCGGGCCCACGGAGGACCACACCAGCGGUUCGGGUCAUUACCUCCUUGUGGAAAGCUCAUGCCCCAGUGCGAAGGGUCACGUGGCCGAGGUGAGGUCGCCUCUGCUGCCCCCUGCAGGCCGCCAGGGUUACUGCCUCACUUUCUGGGUCCACAUGUUCGGUGCCACAGUGGGGACCCUCAAAGUGUUCCUUCGGGAGAGUGACCCCCCGCAGAGGAUGCUGGUGUGGCAGAGAGAACGUACACAGAGUGACCAGUGGCAGGUUGCUCGCAGCCAUGUGACCCUGCAGAAGGUUCACCAGGUGGUGCUGGAAGCUUCAGUGGGUGGGUGGGCUGGUGACAUCGCCGUGGAUGACAUAUCCUUCACCCAGGGUCCGUGCCCCUCCUCAGAGUUGUGUGACUUCGAGGAGGGUGACUGCAGCUGGACUGCUUUAGCAAACAGCGGUGACCAGUGGCGGCUGUGUUCUCCAGUGGACCUUGCGGUGGGCGUUCAGCCUAAAUCUGAUCACACGACCAGCACGUCCCAUGGACAUUUCUUCUACCUGGACUCCCCCAGCCCAGUCGUGCCUGGUUGCGUGGCCACCAUGGCCUCCCCGCACUUCCCUGCAGGCAAGGAGUACUGCUUCCACUUCUGGUACUACAUGUAUGGGAAAGGUGUUGGGUCUCUGAAGAUACACCAACAAGAUGCAGAGGGAAGGCUCAGGAUGGCCUUCUUCCAGACUGGCAGCCAGGGUGUGCUGUGGAGGCAUGGACAGGCCACGAUGGAUCGCAUGGAGAAAGCCUUUCGGAUCGUGGUGGAGGGUGUGCGAGGACCAGGCUUGUCGGAGGGCAUCGCCAUUGAUGACGUGAAGUUGUCACCCGGCGCUUGCCUGCCCCCGGGACACUGCGACUUCCAGAUCAGCCUCUGCGGAUGGACCAAUGUUGGGGUGGGCGAUCAGGGUGUCUGGCUCCGGGGUCGCGGGGCCUCGUCCAGGACUAGAACGGGACCCCAUGUGGACCACACCACUGGUUCUGGCCACGGAUAUUACAUGUACAUGGACACUGCAGUGGGUCACCCCAGAGACAGAGCCCGGUUGUACAGCGAGUUCUUCUAUUCCACGCGGAUGGGGAACUGUUUCCGCUUCUGGUACCAUGCGUACGGCCAGGACAUCGGCACACUCAGCCUUUACAGGAGUAACAGAAGACCCUUGGAAGGGGAGGACGAGGGCCUGAUUCUGCUCUGGGCAGAAACGGACAGUGAGACGCAUGGCUGGAGGGAGGUCCAAGUGUCUCUCAGCUCUGCAAAGCCUUUCUGGUUGGCUUUCGUAUAUGAGAAGGGAGCAGGCCGAGCAGGACAUGUUGCCCUGGAUGACACUCAGCUCACCCCAGGCAUCUGCCCUGCCACACACCCCGCCCCUUUCUCUACUUCAGAACACAUAGGUCUCACCGUGGGUCUGCUGUUUAUCUUCACCCUGGUGUUGAUCACAGUCAUCGUUUUUGCGAAGAGGAUGUCCUCUGCACCGGCACUUAUUGAAGAUGAACAUGACGUGGAUAUUUCAUUCAUCAGUGUUUCCGGUUGUAAACGGGUGGACACAUCACACUUCUUUGCCAACCAACUCUACGUGCCCGCUAUAACCGCAGAAUCCGACACAGAGUCUUCAGAGGCCUGACCUUGGGAAUGUAGGGUGUCUGACUGCACACACACCAACCAGCGGAGUGCAGGGGACUGUGCACAAACCGUCCAAGUCAAUAAAAGUAUGAAGUAAAGUGUUUGCACAACAUUUCAUUACAUCCUUCACUUGAUAUUUGAAUUUCAUGGGCCGUUUUUAUACAGAGGAAGUCUUUGUCUUUUUAAAACACAAACUAAGAUUUAUCCAGCUUUUAAGAUUACAUAGCCCUAAUAAAUGCAUCAUUGUGUCUAAUUUAAUGUUAAGCCAUUUACAAGAUAUGCACUGAAUAUUUCAAACAUCAGUGUUCAUUAAUUUUAAUCUUUUUUUUUUUUUUUCUUUUUGGAAACAGCUUAGAAACAUAAUGAUUAUAAGUUCUUCCAAAUGUAGUGUUUGGGAAAUAAAAUAUGAAUGACUAAAGGUAA